AUCCUAACGAUUGCAUAUCAUUACAACUAUGUCAGCCAUAUUGGAAACUAGAUAAUUUUUGGGAUUGUCAGUGUUCGUUCCAAUUUCUGUGAUUUGUGAUUACUGUAUCUAUUAUCUAGCAUUUCUAUUGAUCGAUCAAAAUACUUCAAACUAAUUUGAUUGAUCUUUUAACGCUGGAAAUAUUUUAAAUCAGUAAUUAUUUUAAUAUAAAAUGGUUUUACAACGGUUAACCUCAAUAGCAUCGACGAGAGUGCAAAUUUUGAGUGGACUUAAGUAUAUGAAUAAAAAAGGAAUACGUUCAAAAAUCACUACACCAUCGGGUGCUAUACUUCCUGAACCAAAACGAACCCCAUUUGGUUAUUUAAGAGUAAUAGGAGGAAUAUUAUUAGGAUUAGUUGUAGGUGCUUCCCUUAGUAAAAAAAUGGCUAAUUUCCUAGAAGAAAAUGAUCUCUUCGUCCCAUCAGAUGAUGACGACGAUGAUGAUUAAAAAAAAAGUAGAUUAAAAAUUGAUGUAUUAGUUGUUGACAAAAAUAAUCUCAAGAAAAUUCAGAGAAUAUUAAUAUAUUGAGUUGAUUAAAAAAGAAAGUAAAAAAUAAAUAAA